CCACGAGACGUUGCGGGGAAUCGUUGCGUCUCUUUCACUCCGCCUGUGAUAUCACGUGUAUUUGUGAUAUGGUUUCUAAGCAACUAGCAAGAUUAGUUUCCAAGUCAAAUAUAUAAAUGUUAUAUAGUAUGUAUGGCAACUGAAGUGCCAAUGACAGGAGUGGACAUCGCAGUGGAAGGAGCCUGCAAAACGAGACUGAGAGAGCAACGAGAAAGGCAAGAGGAAGAGGCAGGAUGGAUACCCAUACUGAGAGCCCCCCGAAACCACUGUUGGUGUUGAUGGUGGGCAAAAGUAGGGUGCGAGAGACGGGGAAUGCUACCACUCUAGAGAGACUGAGGACGCAUGUGGAGGCGAGCGGUUGGAGCUGCGACCUGCGCGACCCGGAGGACCUGCCCGACGCCGCGGCGGUGACUGCCGCUGUGGCCAGCUGCGACGUCGUGCUCGGCCUGCACCUCUACCGCAGUGGCCCGGUGCUUGCAGCCUGCAGGGCGCUGAAGGUGCCCUAUGUGGCGUGCUGCGGAGGCACGGAUGUGAACGAGUGCCUGCAGGUCCCGGCCAGGAACGCCGUCAUGCAGGAGGCCGUGGCGGGGGCGGUGAGCCUCCUCGCCUUCACUGCCGCCAUGAAGGAGGCUGCGCUGGCUGCCUGGCCGUUUCUCCAGCCCGAGCGUGUGAGGGUGCUUCCACAGGCGGUCUCCGUGUGUCCCGAUGACGCCUUCGAUGUGGCUCAUUUCUUGAGGUCGCUGGACGGAGACCAAGCUAAGCAAGCGGAGAUAGUGAAUGAAAGCUUUUACAAGAUCAGCGAAAGAGGAUUAGCUCCAGGACAAACCUCGGUGCCUUUCAACGGUUCUUCGUCUACCAUUACACAGGGUGUUCCGAGGACGCAGUCAAGCUUGCCAAAGGACGUGGGAUACCCACUGGUAGUGUUGAUAGCAGGACUUCGACCAGUUAAGGACGUACUGUAUGUAGCUGAGGCUUGGAGCAACUGGAAUGCUAAGCGAGAGGGCCGAGGAAGGCUGCUCAUCAUGGGCCCCGCUCUCGAUGCUCACUAUGCUCGCCAGGUUCACUCUGAAGCAUCCAGAUGGUGCGGUGUAAGGGUGGCAAACAGCCUGAAGCCACCUGAGUGCCACGCAGUCAUCGCAAGUGCCACUGUGUUGUUAAAUUCCUCCUUGAGUGAAGGCAUGUCUGCAGCUGUACUGGAGGCCAUGGCCUUGGGCACGCCCGUGUUGGCUCGGGACAUUCCGGGCAACCGUGCGGUGGUGCGGCACGGACAGACGGGCAUGCUCUUCUCCUGCCCCGACGCCUUCGUGCAGCAGCUGAACCGCCUCCUGGACGAGCCCGCCCUCGUGGCCGCCGUCACCGCCAACGCACAAGCCUACGUCGCCGCCCACCACCACCCUCGCGAGGAAGCCGCCACCCUCUCAGUCGUCCUCCGGGAGGCCGCUGCCCGCAGGCACAACGCCGACUGGCAGGAAGAACUUGUGUAGACCUUGGCAGUGCAGGAAGCUGUGAGAAUUAGACGAUAUUUAUGUAUCUCCCCCCCCCCCCUCUCUCUCUCUCUCUCUCUCUCUCU